UAAUCGAUCACAGACCAGUCAACGAACACAUACUGCUACGAAAAGGAACAAAAAUAUAUAUUUUUAAAAACCCAAACCCAAAAUGAACGAUUCCCAUGCAAGAGUCAGUGCCGAUUCUCCGCCCGCAGAGAAGAUCGAUAUCGAUAUUGUUUCCAAGGAUCUGGAGGAUAUGGCCAAACGGCAGCUAACCUUUGAGAUCUUUUCUCGCUUUCUCGAGUAUACCGAUUUCGAUGCGAUCGAUAAGCGAGAAAUCGAUCAAACUAUUAUCGUGAAGUUAUUGGAAAGCUUGGACUCCAAGGUUAUGGGAGAACGUGAAUUUACAAAGAUUCUCCUGCGUCGCAUCUACUUUAAGUUUGAUGCAAUUCGACCCUAUAUACGACUGGAGAUAAACAACGUAUUCUACCGAUUCAUUUAUGAAACGGAAAACGUUUAUGGAAUUCCGGAGCUCAUGGAACUUCUCAACGAAGUAUUCCGUAAAUGCAAUGAGAUAUCGAUCCAAGAACAAGAACACUUGCUGAUCAAGAUCUUUGUACCGCUGCACAAGUCCCGAUCCCUAGUAACAUAUUUUGCUCCCAUGAUGAAGUGCACUCUACUCAUGCUCUCUGAGAACCUAAAACUUAUUGGGUAUUUCAUCAAUGGCCUGCUUAAAAUCUGGCCCAUGGUUUCCUCCGAGAAAGAGAUGCUGUUCCUGGACGAGAUCUACAAACUGAUGGAAAAGAUUGGUCCUGAAGAGUUCCAGCAAAUCCAGAUUCCGAUGUUCCGCCGGAUUGCAAAGUGCUUGGCGAGUCCUCAUAUGUCGGUGGCUGAAAGGACUCUUCGCAUGUGGAGCCAUGAGAAUAUUGUGUCACUCAUUAUGGCCAACAACGAGGUCAUCUUGCCCAUCAUGUUUCCGGCCUUGUACCACGUGAGCAAGGAGCACUGGAACGAGGAGGUAAGGGAUCUGGUCUACAGCAUUUCCAAGUUGUUCCUGCAGAUGAACGAGAAGCUCUUCAACAAGCUCAACAAAAACUUGAAGUCGGAGCACGAAAAGUCGAAAGCUUUGCAGCUCAAACGCGAAGAGCGUUGGAACAAGUUGAAGGAGAUACUAUCCCAGCAUUCCCCAAGCCUUUCAGCAGGGUUAAAUCUUAAUUCAGGUUGCGAAGACAAUUUAAGUAAAUUAGUUAUUGACUAAAUGACCGAAUUUGAAGUCUAAAAUUUAGAAAAAAAGCCUACUAAAAUUACUUUGUUAGAGCGAAAACUAUUUUAAUAAAUGUGUAUUGCGUUAUAA